AUGUCUCAAUACGCUGCCGCUCACGCUAGCCCAGAAGGACCAGGCGACUCUCGACCAACAGCAUUGCAAGUGGUCAAAGAUGAAGGAAUGGAAGGCAAGUUAGAGGGCAAAGUGAUUGUCAUCACCGGAACCUCGUCCGGCCUUGGUAUUGAAACGGCGCGCGCGCUCUCCGCCACCGGAGCAACGCUGUACCUGACAGCUCGAAAUGUCCCCAAAGCCAAAGCUGCCUUGGCCGACAUUGCUGAGACAGGUCGUACGGAAUUCAUCGAAAUGGAUCUAGAAUCCUUCGAAAGCGUACGUGCGGCUGCGGGGACGAUUCUCGCAAAGACCGGCAAGGUCAAUAUCCUGAUCAACAACGCUGGAAUCAUGGCCGUGCCACGUCUGGAAUUCACCAAGGAUGGCUACGAGCUGCAGUUUGGCACCAAUCACCUCGCUCAUUUCCUUCUUUUCCAGCUAUUGAAACCAGCGCUCCUGGGCGCCUCGACCCCUGGUUUCCAUUCUCGAGUUGUCAAUGUGUCCUCUGCCGCCCACUGUCGCAACGGAAUCAAUGCAUCGGACAAUUACAACUUUGAGAAAGGUGGUUACGACCCCUGGGUAGCGUACGCGCAAUCGAAAACUGCCAACAUCUACAUGGCCAAUGAGAUUGAGCGCCGCUACGGCUCUCUUGGGCUUCAUGCAACGAGCGUUCAUCCUGGGGGAAUUUUAACUGGUCUUUCGAAGCACAUUCCCGACGCGGAGGUUGCGACAAUGUUGGAAGACAAGGCUCUGGUCAAGAGCUUGAAGAGCCCAGAGCAAGGUGCUGCGACUACGGUUUGCGCUGCUAUUGGCAAGGAAUGGGAGAAAAAGGGAGGCAAGUAUCUCGCUGAUUGUGCUGAGGCGACGGGUGAAAAUGAUGAUGGCAAUAUGGCGGGAGCGAAGUAUGCCAGUCACACUUACGAUGCGGAGAGCGAAAGCAGGCUUUGGAAAGACUCGUUGAAAAUGGUGGGAUUGGCGGAUGAUCAGUAG